GACGAUUUGAGUGUGGGAGAUGAUAUUGAUGCUUUGUUAGAGACCCUGGAGAAGAAAAAAGGCCCAUCAUACCAGAGCGCAAACAGCAGCGCCUCUGAACACAGACCUGUACUGUACGUGGAACACAGGAAUCUGAAUCCAGAGACAGAGCUGAAGAGGUAUUUUGGAGCUCGCGCUGUUCUGGGAGACCAGAGAUCAAAACAAAGACAGAGGCAGUUUCAUCGGUGUACUUGGAUGACUGUUUUCAAAGAAACAUGGCCCCGCUUCAGUCGACCAGGUAUCUCCAUGAGUCUAGUGGAGUCUAAAGACGGCAUUCAGCGCUUCACCUUUGAACAUAAUCGUGACUAUCAGCAAGUCCAGUUCAAGUUUCUUGAUGCGGUUGAGUCAAUGGACCCCAAUAACUUUGUGGUUCUCCUGCAACUUAACCCAUAUCACAUUGAUUCACUUUUGCAGCUGUCAGAUGUAUGUCGCAUACAAGAAGAUCAAGAGACUGCCAGAGAUCUCAUCGAAAGGGCUUUAUAUAGUUUUGAGUGUGCAUUCCACCCUGUGUUCAGCCUGACGUCAGGCACGUGUCGACUGGACUACUGCAGACCAGAGAACAGGGCCUUUUAUUUAGUGUUGUUCAAGCAUAUGAUAUUUCUGGAGAAGAGAGGUUGUCCACGUACAGCCCUGGAGUACUGCAAACUGAUUCUGAGUCUGGAUCCAGAUAAUGACCCUCUCUGCAUGCUGCUGAUCUUUGACUUCCUGUGCCUGCGCUGUCGCGAGUACACCACCCUCAUCCGACUCUAUGAGGAAUGGGAGGUCCAUCGAAAUCUGUCCCAGCUGCCAAACUUUUCCUUUUCUGUGGCUCUUUCCUACUAUCAUCUGAGCCAACAGGAAGACAUUUCACCUGUGGAGAACCAACAGCUGAAGCAGAAAUCCAAUGUACUAUUGCAAAACGCUCUCAUCAUGUUUCCUGGUGCACUGAUGCCCCUUUUGGAUUUAUGCACAGUUCAACCUGAUGCUGUGGUGUCUUCUCACGCAUUCUUUGGGCCAUCAAGUCAAAUCGGGCAGCCUCCUGCACUCUCAGAGUUAGUGUCCCUAUAUGUGGGCCGCUGUCACAGCCUGUGGAAAGAGGCUGGAUUGAUGCUGUGGUUGGAGGAGAAUGUCAGAAAAGUGCUAAAGAGGGUUGACUCGCACGAUCCUUAUUUGGAGGACUGCCAAAAUAAGAGGAAGCAGCGAUACCAGAGUGCUCCCAGGAACAUCCAUAGACAUGUGCUGAUGUCUGAGAUCAAGGAGGCAACAGCUACCCUUCCUUUAGAAGUGACCACACAGCCAGGAAUGGGUUUUGACCCUCUCCCUCCUCUGGACUCCAUUGUGUCUUACAUCAGACCAGAAAGGCAGAACAUGGGGGCCUCAAAUGAAAGCACAUUAUCUUUGUUUUUCCGAUCACUGCUACCAAACUUCAACCUCCAGAGGCCUGAAGACAGACAAGAAGUUGCUCGUGCUGGGCGUGAAUUGAACCAGGAAGUGAAUAGACUCAUGGUGGCUAUGAGGGACAUGUUGGCUAACAUCCAGUUUCGUGAACCUCAGUGGGAGAACAACCAUGAAAGAGACGAGGAGGAAUGGGACUAAAAGAUCAAGGGUGUGAUUUCUGAGCACCACGCACCACCCAUGAAAUUGAGCUACAAUGUUUAGUACACUGUGACAGUCAGCUGGAAACAUUAGUAAAAAAAAAAAAAAACCUUCUGAAUUAAAGUAUGGUCAAAAUUGUUUUAGUAAUGAUUAAAUGUUUACUUUAAGGUUUCAUGUUUGGGUAAGGGAUUGGAUAUAUCCUGUCUGAGGGUGAGGUACACUUUAUAAUGUUAAAGGUUGAUAAUUUCUAUAGACGAAAUUAGUUCAUUACAGAAAUUAGUUAAUUUCUAUAGACAGACAUGACAUCUUCAACUAUAGCAGGUCAGAUUUUCAGAACCCUGGCAAUGGUAUUUCAGUGUUGAAUAUUAUAAGAUAUCAAACAGACAUGCUGAUGUAUAUAGCCAAGGGUAUGUAAUAUAUUCAAAAUUCUGUAAAUGGGCACUAAUUGAAGACAGAGUUGAUUUAAUCUUGUGAGGUAAUUAAAAACUGUUUUAUUCCAGAUUUAGUGUUUGGUGUGUACCAGACCCUGUUAUAUCCCAUGCAAAAAUAUGUUGUUAAAGGGAUAGUUCACCCAAAAGCGGUAGAGCCCUGCACGGGCCUCAGA